CGUGAUUGAUCUCUAUUUGCCACAAUUAGGGGCUUUGCUUUCGUGCCGCUUGUAGACUCGAUUCAGAUCUUUCAGGCGCAAUGAUCAGCACUGGCAAGAUGAGCAAAAGGAAACGUCUGGACGAUGAGACGCCAACUGAUCACUUCUUGGCGGACGAAAAGCGAUACUAUCUCUACGACUACCGCAGUACUAGAGACCUGAAGCGGUUCAUCGAGCAGCGAACCGGCCGGCCGGUCGAGGAAGGCCAAGAGAAGCAUGUCUAUGCGGAAACGCUGGUCAACUUGGACAAUGCAUGGCGCUUUCGAUUCUUUGACCUGCCUCCAGAGAUCCGCAACAACGUAUGUUACCAUCUCCUAACCCUGAGGCCCGCUCGUCGCGGCAAUCGACAAGCGCGGCUCGCCUGUUACCCAGCCGUUCUGCGCAUUAACUCCCAGGCUCACACAGAGGCACAAGCUUUGCUAUACGCCAACAAUGUACUGAGCGUUGUAAUUCUCGCAGGGUACUAUGAGACACAAAACAGACGUUAUAGUUCGAUCACACAAAACCUGUUUAAGGUGUCAUUCCCUGAGAUCGGCGCACCGUCGAUUCUGCUUCACAACAACCCAACAGACAACAUCAACGUCCGAUGGCCGAUGUUCGUGCAGAGGUCAGAGCCCGUUACGAACACAAUCAAAUUCAUUAUUGAACGAUCGCCGCCUACGAACAAGCCGCGAGUAUCGCAUGAUUAUGUUGGCCUCAACCACAUUAUCCACUCGCUCACGUGCGGACAGCACGGUCUUACCUCUGCAAAGCAGAUACGGCUUAUAGUCAAACCUUUGCCAUCAAUGAAGAAGUGGGAAGGCAGGGCGCUGUCGGUCCUUUACCCACUUACGUGCUGCAAGCGGCCAAACGCGCUUGAGCCUAUCGAAGGUCUUCCUGAGGACCUCGCAUCGAACCUGCGUCAAGCCGCUGCGAGUGCCCCGCUAGCGAACGAUCGCUGGAAGGUCGUUCACGAAAUAGAACGGAUGGGCCGUAAGGCUACAAGGCUCCUGAACCGUGGCAAAGGCGACAAGCUGCCAGAGGACAUGCUCGAUACCCUGAAGCGCUGCGUCACAGCUGCGGAUAGACGCCUUGACCUCAACGGCGUCUUCAUCGACGCCGACUUCUACAAUGAUUGCGAUGAUGUUUGGGCGACAAUGAAGGCGUCAAUGAACGAGCUAUUGAUCAAGGCGGCGGAGGCACUGCUUGCGAACGGCAGAAAGGCGAAGACCGAGCGGCGUGGGAGGUGAAGGGCGACUUUAAGUCUCGCUGAGGAAGAAAGCCCGGCUGCUGAUGGCAAGAAAGCAAGAGCGUCCUUGACGACCAAAAAGUGCUUGAAGUUUUGCCAGCCCCUCGGAUUCUGCUUAGCCUGCACUAUUGUAACCUGCAUUAAUGACAUACAACGAGUGGGA